CGCCUAUUUUAUUUCAACAUCUCCAGAUUUUCUUCGAUUUGUUCAUUAUUCCGUAGUCUCCAGAUUUUGUUUCCAUAAUUGUGAUCGGGAAGAUGUUUUCAAUUUUGCGUUCUUAUUUUCAUUGAUUACCUCUUCAAUUGCUGUGAAAAUUUGCUUCGAUGGAAUCUGUAGCAAAUAACGAAGGUAUGUACAUUCCUGUUUGUGAUGAUGCUUUGAAGCCAAUGAUUGAUGGCAAGAGCAGAGGAUAUGAGGUUUAUCAGUUUGUUGAGUAUCAUAAUCACUUAAUGGUUGCGGAUGAGCAUAGGCAUUUUAUGAUGGCCAAUCGCAAUCUGGAUCCUAUCCAUCGGAGGUUUAUGGAGGAUUGUGGCAGGUGUAAUAUUGGUCCCACUCUCACAUUCAAACUUUUGAAGGAGAUAAUGGGUGGACCUGAAAAUGUUGGAUGUGAUAUUAUUGAUAUUAGAAAUGGUUAUCGUGAUAUUAUGUCCAAUAUUGAUGGUUCAGAUGCUCAAAUGAUUUUUGAUUAUAUGCGUUCUCAAAAGAAAUCAUCUGAUGCCUUCUAUUAUGAAAUUGAGAUAGGAUCUCAUGGAAAGUUAACUAGACUCUUCUGGGCUGAUGCUAUUUCAAGACGAAAUUAUCAUAUGUUUGGAGAUGUAAUUUCAUUUGACUCAACAUACAACACUAACAGUAUUGCUGAUAAUAUUUUGCAGUGCACCAUUUACAAUAUUGCAGUAUUGUUGAUCGCCAAUUUGUCAGAUAAAUUAAAAUGGCACAAAAAAAGAACAACAUCACAGGCACAGGCAGAAGAAGAGUUUGAACGAAACUCUAGAAGGGAGAUACAUGAAGAAGAAGCUGAAACCAACACUAGUCAUCAAAAUAUGAAUGAGGAGGAAGCUGAAACACAGGGGGUGAAGGCCCUGAACGAAGCCGGAAUUGUUUGCGAAUGUCAUGGAUACUUAAACUUGAAGCAGAAGAAGGAUAUUAUAGAAAUGGGCUUUGGUACCCAUCUCAACUUCAAAAUGAACUACAUACCUCGAAGAGGGGAAAAAGAAGGGACCAAUAGAUGUGGAGAAGAUGGUUGUGGACUACCACAAACCGUGACCAAUGAAUAA